AACUGUCUGUUGUGAUUCUGUUUUCCGCAAGUGCGAACUUUUUUGCAACACAGCUAAAUACAGCAGUUAGCUUGCAACGGAGCAUGCUAGGCGAUAGAAGUUACCUUAGUAACGGAGCUGGGAAACCAAUAAACUACGAUACAGCGCGUUCGUCGGAAAGUUGUGUCUCACAAGAUCUCCUAUCAGCCAAUCUUACUUGAUCGUAAGCAGACUCAACCAGAGAGACUCAACCAGAGAGACUCAACCAGAGAGACUCAACCAGAGAGACUCAACCAGAAAGACUCAACCAGAGAGACCACAGAGAGACCACAGAGAGGAUCAACCAGGGAGAAAGAAGCAUCCAGAGACUAGACACCAGACCGGACCCAGAGAGAAACCAGAGUUAUGAAGACACAUCUCUGUGACACCUGUGGGAAGAGCCUUUCCUCAUCCAGUAGCCUCAAGCAGCACAUGAUGACCCACACUGGAGAGAAGCCCCACAGCUGUGACCUCUGUGGUCAAACCUAUAGACAUGCUGGGUCUUACAGACUUCACCGCAGGACCCACACUGGGGAGAAGCCCUACAGCUGUGACAUCUGUGGUCAAUCCUUCUGCCAGGCUGCCAAUUUAAGAUCUCAUAGUAAGAUCCACACAGGAGAGAAGCCCUACAGCUGUGACCUCUGUGGGAAAACCUUUAAAACUGGUAGCAAUUGCAGAGCUCACCGCAGGAUACAUACCGGGGAGAAGCCCUACAGCUGUGAGCUCUGUGGUAAAACUUUUACCAUGAAGGGGGAUUAUAGAGUUCACAGCAGGAUCCACACCGGAGAAAAGCCCUUCAGCUGUGACAUCUGUGGUAAAACAUUCGGGCGGGCUGACCAGUUUAGAGUUCACCGCAGGAAACACACUGGAGAGAAGCCCUACAGCUGUGACUGCUGUGAUAAAACCUUUAGACUUGCUACCGCUUUCAGCCUUCACCGCAGGAAACACACUGGAGAGAAGCCCUACAGCUGUGACUGCUGUGAUAAAACUUUUUUUCAGUUCACCGCUGGUGAACUGAAGCAGCACCGCAGGAUCCACACUGGAGAGAAGCCCUACAGCUGUGACCUGUGUGACUAUUGCUGUACCACACAAGGCAAUCUGAAAAACCACAUGUAUUUUCACACUGGAGAGAAACCCUACAGCUGUGACCUCUGUGAUAAAAACUUUAGCAUGAAGGGGGAUGUCAGAGUUCACCGCAGGAUCCACACCGGAGAGAAGCCCCACAGCUGUGACAUCUGUGGGAAAACUUUUAACCGGGCUGGCAAUCUUAGAACUCACCGCAGGAUCCACACAGGAGAGAAGCCCUACAGCUGCCCACACUGUGACUAUUCAUGUCAAACAAAUGGCAAUCUGAAGAGUCACCUGCGGAUCCAUGAUAAAAAACUAACCAAAGCAGUGAUGUCUGGGGCCGAGCUGUCCCAGCAGUCACCACCUGAGAGAACUUCUGUAUGACCCACAGCUGGAAGAACUACUGGCCUACACCUACUGGGA